AUGGCAGGUGUUGUGUACCCCAGACAGGCCCCUGUGGAUUUAGACAUGUACCAAAGCUCCUACAUGGUGGACUAUAAGCCCUAUGGGAAGCACAAGUACUCCAAGGCCAUGCCAGAAGAGCAGGGGAAGCUCGACAUGCAGCUCCGGGACAGAGAGUUUUUUAGGCCGAUCCCUAGCCCCAAUCCGAAGUUGGAGGAUGGGUACCCUGCCUUCAAAAGACCCCACAUGACGGCUAAAGACCUGGGGAUCCCUGGCUUCUUCCCACCACAGGCCCCUGUGGUCACAGAGGAGGACAAGUACAAGUUCACCAGUAUCUGGCCUUACAUGUACCCAGCUUCCCCGGAUCUGUAUGUGGCCCUUGGCGAGCCCAACCAAGUUCACCAGAGGACUGACUUCCCAUGCCUCCUGGAGCCCAAGUACCAGCCUGCUGCAGAUUUGGGCAAAGGCUACCUCCUACUGCCUGGCUGUCGCUGUCCUCGUCACCGAAGAAUCAAGGUUCCCAUCUUGGAUCGGUGGGGACCCUUGAUGCCAUUUUACCAGUAG